AUGCGGCAACACUCUACUUCGACACAUCUCGCUCAGAAGUCCUCAUGGACGCAUCCAAUAUACACAAAGAAACAAAUCCUCGAUGUUCAAACCGCCCAUCGCAAGGCCUCUAUCUGGCAAGAUAGGGUUGCCCUGAGUACUGUCAAGGUCCUUCGCUGGGGCAUGGACUUUGUCACUGGCUAUGGAACAUAUUCGCCAAUCAGCAUGUCCGUCCCGAAGUCUCGUACGAUGACAGAACAAAAGUGGCUCACAAGAUUCAUUUUCCUGGAGAGCGUGGCGGGUGUUCCGGGGAUGGUAGCAGGCAUGCUCCGCCAUCUCAAGUCGAUCCGGAUGAUGAGGCGGGACCAUGGCUGGAUCGAAACACUCCUCGAGGAAGCCUACAAUGAGCGAAUGCAUCUUCUCACGUUCCUCAAAUUAGCCGAGCCUACGUGGACGAUGCGUUGUAUGGUCCUCGGUGCCCAAUGGGUAUUCUUCAGUGGUUUCUCCCUCGCCUACCUGAUUUCACCACAGAUCUGUCACCGAUUUGUGGGAUAUCUCGAGGAAGAGGCCGUCAUAACUUACUCGAAGGCCAUCAAAGAUUUCGACGACGGACAUCUUCCUCUGUGGGAGAAACUCGAGGCUCCAGAGAUGGCAAUCAAGUAUUGGCAAAUGCCGGAGAAUGAUCGUUGCAUGCGGUCGCUGCUGCUUUAUGUUCGAGCCGAUGAGGCAAACCAUCGUGAUGUCAACCAUGCACUUGGUAACUUGAACCAAACCGAUCCAAAUCCCUUCGCGGCCAAACCCAAGAUUGAGAUCGGUUUGCCGCGGCUCCAGCAAAAUGGUCGAGUGAAGGAUUGA